GCCUAUCUUGACAACACUAUCUAUCUAUCUAUCUAUCUAUCUAUCUAUAUAUUUACAAGUGAAGAGAAGAAGUUUAUUCGUUUUGUUAUUUUAGCAAACAAUUCAUUUUUCUUUUUUUAAUACUGUGGAAACUUUAUAAAUUGUUUCGAUACAGAUAUAUACAUAAUUAUCAUUCUAUAAAAUAAUAUUGUUACUAGGACACUUCAAAGUAAUAUCUCAUCUCAAUAAUAAUAUACAUAUAUAUACAUAACAUAAGGUAUGGCUGGUUAUAUUGCUAAACAACUUGUGGCAAAACCUUUAGACGCAGUUAAAAACGUUGCCAAAGAUGCUGGAUCUUUAACAACAACAACAACAAAUGAUGAUCUUGAAGCAUCAAUAAUUGCAGCUGAAGAAAAACGUCGAGAAAGAUUUGAAGGUUUAGAAGAGCAAAGAGAAAAUAUGAGACAAACAAUUAGAGAUAAAUAUGGACUAAAAAAGAAAUCUGAUUUUCUGGAAGUAGGAACACCAGAUGGUUCAAGACGAUCAUCAACUCAUCGAUGCUCUGAUGUCAAUUUAAAUACACAUCGUCGAUCUGCUCAAGAGGAUUCAUUUAUGAAAUUUAUUCCAACUGCAAUACAAGAUGUUGCAUCAAGAGUAGUUGAAUUACCACAACAAUUAGCAAAUCAGGCAACUGAUAAAUGUUGUCUUAUGUAAACUAAAAAUUUUUUCCUAACAAAAAAAAGAUUUAUUCAUUUGAAUUGUAUUCGUAUUUACUUAUUGAACACCCCCAUAUACAUAUUUAUUCAUCGCUUUUUUUUGGUUUUUGUUUCUUUUCAACAAAAUCACAACCAUCUAAGUUAGCA